AUGGCAUCUUCUCCAAUCCUCAACAACUUCAUUAUUCCCGACCACAUUUUCGUACCGGGAUCCCGCGUGGAAAAUGACGGCCACGUGCCUCAGUGUCCCGUCCUCGUUUUUAUCAACUCCAAGAGUGGCGGUCAACUCGGAGGAGAUCUCCUUCAAACCUAUCGCAAUUUACUUAAUCCAAAACAGGUUUUUGAUUUGGGGGAGCAGGCGCCUGAUAAGGUUCUCAGAACAGUGUAUGCUAAUUUGGAAAGCCUCAAUCUACAGGGUGAUAAGUUUGCUAAAAAGAUCAUGGAGACAUUGAAGUUAAUUGUUGCAGGCGGUGAUGGGACAGCAGGCUGGCUUCUUGGAGUUGUUUCUGAUCUCAAAUUACCUCAUCCUCCACCUAUUGCCACGGUGCCAUUGGGCACAGGGAAUAAUCUGCCUUUUGCGUAUGGUUGGGGGAAGAAGAAUCCGACAACAGAUAAAGGAUCAGUUGAAGCAUUUUUAGAUCAAGUCAUGAAAGCAAAGGAAAUAAAAAUAGACAGCUGGCACAUUCUCAUGAGAAUGAGAGCUCCUAAAGCAGGUUCCUGUGAUCCAAUUCCACCCCUUGAGCUACCUCAUUCUUUGCAUGCCUUCCAUCGUGUAUCUGAAGCUGAUGAUCUUAAUAUGGCUGUUGCUAACUGCUUUCCAGGAAGGUUGCCACACAUUUCGCGGAGGAUUUUGGAAUUACUUCAGUAUGGAAAGAAGAAUCCUGAAAAAUUCAAAAACCAGUUGAUUAAUCAGACUACUUAUGCCAAGCUUGGAUGCUCACAAGGAUGGUUUUUAACUCCUCUGAUGCACCCUGCCGACAGGAACAUAGCACAACUAGCUAAAGUAAAAUUCAUGAGAAGACAUGGUGAAUGGAAAAACCUAAACAUACCGCCCAGCUUUUCUGGUGGACUGAAUCCAUGGGGUACACCUAACAGGAGGAAACAGAGUGACAGAGAUUUGACACCACCAUUUGUUGAUGAUGGCCUUCUAGAAAUUGUUGGUUUUAGAAAUGCGUGGCAUGGGCUUGUUUUGUAUGCGCCAAGGGGACACGGAACUCGUCUUGCUCAGGUAUGUGUGAUAUGA